UAAAAAUAUUAUGAACCCUUGCAGAAGCAUAUCAUAAGAAUUCUAAUUACCAGAUGAUUUUUUAAGUGUGUUUAAAUCCUACAUAGCAAUUACUUAAGGAGGAUAAGAUAAAAGAGUAACUCAAUCAUAAGUAAAUAUUUUUGCUACAAAUAUUCAUUCAUAAUAAAUGAAUGCUUAGAAAAAUAUUUAUAAUGACUUUGACAUUGCUUUUGCAGUAGGAAUGGUUUUCAAAAUUCUUGUAACUUAGAAAAUUGAAUUAUUAGAUUAUUUUUGUAAAUGACAUUAUUAAUAUUAUUUUAGGUACAUAUUAAUAAAAUAUGAAUGAGAAGUAAAAAUAUGCCUUUGAAUUGCUUAAAUUCACUACAUAUUAGCUUGAUAAAAGAGAUCCUUAACUCUAUUUAAAUACUUUGUUAGCAAAUAAACAUAUUCCUUACCAACUUUUAUAAGGAGAAGUCAACUUAUCUAAAAUAUAUUCUUUUGUUUAUUUGUGUGAUUUAGGCAGCUUUUUUAAAUAAUUUAGCAAUGGUUAAAUUUUCAAAUUUGUCUUUUGGCAAGGUUCUAAUAAAAUUAAUUUGAAAUAAGUGACAAAUGAAAUAGAUCUUUACUUUUAUUAGCCUUCUGCUUCAUUGUAUUUUUUAUUAUUAUCUUAGUCCAAUUAUUAUUUUACAAUAAUACGAUGAAGUUUAAUUAAUGUAUAAGAUUUUUGAAGAACAUUAAAUAUUCAUGACUCACAUUUCUAUAUAAUUAAUAUUAGAUGCAGUUUCUGGAAAAUUAUCAACAACUUCAGAAAAUUUAAAGUCUUAACCUUAUAAAUUUGAAUCAUUACAAAGUCUUGGGGGAGUUUUAUUCGCAGGAUAACCAAAUUGGCAAGAAAAAGUGGAAAAAUUUGCUAAAAUCUAAAACAUGUAAUUGUAUUUGAUUAUUUUAAGAGGGAACACUCUAGGAUUUUUGAUCAAUCCACAAGCUACAUUUGAAUUAGUAAAGAAAAGUUUGGAAGAAAGUUAAGAAUAAGAUGUUUAAUAAUAACAAAUGUAAGCUUAAGGUGCAAAUAAAACUUCUUUUGACCCUUUUGCUACACAAAUUCCAACAGAAAGUUAAGCCGUAAACAAUUUGAGAAAAACAAUUUCAUAUUGA